AUGCAAUAUCACUAUUGGACAUUUGAAUAUGUAAGUAGACUAUAAACUUGUACCAUUGAUCGUCCUUUAUUGCAAUACCAGACAGAAAUCGCGAGCGGGUGACUCGAUUAUGCUAUGCUUCGCAACAUGCAUGGUUAUAGUUGGUUGUAUAUAAUAUUUGCCAAAGAUUCGACGAACUCAAGCAAAUGCGCAGCCUGUCAGAUCUCUUGUAAAUACUGUAAGUAUUGUAAGUCACAUACAAUUACAACAUAAUUUAAAAUAACCUAUGAUCGUAACUUGGUAUUUAUUGCUGGUUUAUGUUCAGUUGUUUACGAUGUAUUUGUUUGUGGUAUGCGAUAUUGCGGAACCAUACGUUUUAAUUAAAAUUUAAAGCAGAUGAUAUUUUAACGCACUGGCUGUUGGUACACAACACGAAAGCGGUAUAAAUCAUUGCAGCUCUGCACGCACUGAUUUAGUGUAAAUGUUUAUACCAUUUUGUGUUAGUGAAACACUAAAUAUACGCCCAAUAAGACGAAUAAGUAUAUAUUUGGAACAUGCACCUAUAACGAUUGGUCAAUCUAUUUUGUGUUUUCCUAACAAAUCGGUAUCUACAGAGCUGCAAUGAUUACACCAUGUUCUAUAGUAACACCCAGAAAUUUAGAUUGCACGAAAACAUCGUAGGCCUAACUUCAAUACUGAAAUUCGAAUGUAAUUUACAAAUAUUGGCAAACUUUAUUCAAAACAAAGCUGGUACAUAGAAUACAAAAUAUGUUAAAUUUACAAGAGAGACUACAUUAAAAAUUAUAGCUGAUCAAAAAUUGUUAGGACAUCGAAGCAAUACUUGGCUACCAUAUUGUCACCACGGAUUGUCUUUCAUGUAAUAUCAUACAUAUACACACAUUAUUUAAUAUCCACAGUGAACUCGCGUUGUCAUUCAAACCUGCUCCUCGCAGGUUAUCGGAAUCAACUAAAUUCAUGGAAUGUGCGUCGCAGGCAACUGCGGAGUACAGGAGGAGGAGUAUAAUUGCUUAUAUUUGUAUCUAUGAUAAGCUUCGUUUCGUUCUGACAUUUAAUUCACUAAAUUCAAUAUAUUCUGUUUAGGUUGUCCUUUUAAAAUCAAAACGCAAAACCGCAGAACACAUCCGCGCCUAUAAAAAGCAUAAUGGAGUGCAUAUAUUAUCUAUAUUGGCGCCAAGAAUGUCCAUGUUCGAAACGAAGCAUCGAGAAACAGACGUAAAUGCGGUAAUCUUGCUUUUCAUGUUUAUUUAAUUAAUAGACGGUUGCGAGAUUUGACCUUACUGUGUCUUAGCACAUUCCUGCUCUGUUUUAUCUCUAUAGUUCAGCUUGAACAUGCAGAUACCUGAUGAAACGAAUGCCAUAUUUGCCAUAGGAAAAUGUAAUACAAGUAAAGUAGUUGAAAUUGAUAUAGUUCAAUAAGAUUAUAUGUUGUAUAGUAAUUAAUUUCACUGUACUGUCUAUUUCGUUCUUCUUGUAGCAGUAUAUAUAUAGCGAAAUAUUAGCUAAUAAAACGAAUUUUUGGCUUUUUUAUUCAUGUUAUCUAAGACUUCUGCGUAUCGUGUACGAAUAGUUGCCAGCAAGGAUCGUUCCAGCGGUUUCUGGGAACUGAAUACACGUAUUACAAUAAAAGUCUUUUUGCUGGGAACUUGCAAAUUAUGAAUAGUAAUAUAGUAUUCAAUAGACCCUUCCAUAAUGAAACACAAUAGUGCAAGGGGUGGAAACAUAUAGGAAUUCCCUAUACGUUAACUUUGCAAGCGGUGCAAACACAUUAACCUUGGGAAGGCCUAUUGGUUUGCGUUACGUGUACUACGAAGCAGUGCAAAUUUAUACUACCCUCGCGACUUAUUGUUUGAUUUAACGCGCUCAAAUAACCUGUGCACUGAAUGAGAGAUGCUUCGAAACCGCUGAAGACAACAUAGUAUACGUGUAGUGAUAUCCCGUUACCCCAUGCAAGUUUUAAAAUAACGCGCUGGAUUCUCGCUUGAUCAAAAAGAAUAUCGCAACUUUUCGAGGAUGUAUGCCAUAUUGUGCAAUACAAUCAUGCGCACGCAGUAUUGGUUUGCCUAUGGAAAUAUCUGUCAAUUGUCUACACGAAUUCAACAAGUUUUGAAGCAAUAUUGAACGCUAAAUUUUAUUUAGAAACGACUAAAAUAGUGCAAAAUAUACUGCAUGUAAAGAGCUCAAGAUUCGGUUCAAGUUUUAAAUUGGGUUACUAUGUGUUGCAAGGAAAAAAUACAACUGAGGAGUCAGAUCCCACCGGGCACACGACGUUGUUUCAACGUUGAAAUUUGGUAGAAAAAGGUUGCGACGUCGACAACCUAAUAUCUACGUUGCUCUGACGUUGUUUUACAAACAUUGGUUCAACAGCAGCCAACAGACGUUGAAUUAACGUUCAUUCAUGGUUAAAUGUACGACGUCGAUUUGUGAACCAAUCUCAACGUUGUUUUAACGUGGAUUCAACGUUGAAUUAUGGUUGACGAGAUUGAUAACCUAAUUUCAACGUUGUUUCAACGUCGAAACAGUAACGUCGAUCCAAUUUGCAUAGUCAACUCUUUUUUAACGUCUAUCCAACGUCUGGAAGGUCAUUUCCAACGUUGAUUCAACAUUGGAUAAACGUCAUUUUGCCCGCUGGGAUGCAGUUUUGAUUGAAACGUGUACAUUUGCAUCAAAUUUAAAUCUGAAUGUUUAUUUUUUAGGUGCUGAUUAUUAUUUCAUGAAUAUUUUGGUGGAAUACCAGGUACAUGAAGAAUGCAGGUAUUUCUAA